UUUGGAGGGAAUUGCACUCUCACACUGAGACACACAUUCUGAAAGACGCUGCACUGGUUGUGAGAGGGCCACUGAAGAACCCAGUCACUUAGGGGGGAUAGACCACAUACAGCCGCCAAGAUGUGUGACAUGGGGGGACUGGAUAACCUGGUGGCCAACACGGCCUACCUAAAAGCCCAGGGUGGUGAUGACAAGGAGAUGAAAAAGCGCCGUCGCAGCUUGUCCCUUCCAAAACCUGAGCAAUGUUCUGGAACACGGGCUAGCCUUGACAAGGACUUUACAUCGCUUUGUGAAAGGCAGCCUAUCGGCAAGAAGUAUUUCCGUGACUUCCUGGCAAACAACAAAGACUACAAGCUGGCAGCUGAUUUCCUGGAUGAGCUGUAUGACUGGGAUCUGGCUGAAGGUGCAGUAAAGGACAAGGCCCGCCAAAACAUCAUCAACAAGUAUUGUAAGGCUGACUCCAAGAACUUCCUGUCUUUCCUCUCUGGGGAACCUGCUGACAAAUGCAAGGCAGUGACAGAUGCCACCUUUGAGGAGGUGAUGAAAUCCAAAGUCCAGGAAGGUGUACGUAAUUAUCUCAAGGAGAAACCUUUCACAGAAUACCAGGCCAGCCCAUUCUUUGAUAAAUUCCUCCAGUGGAAAGAAUAUGAGAAACAGCCCAUCUCUGACAAAUAUUUCUACGAGUUCAGAACCCUGGGAAAAGGAGGCUUUGGAGAGGUAAGGAUGCAGAUCAAACGACAGUCUUACAAGUCUUGUUUGGAAUAUUUGUUAUAGCAAAUAACAGCUCUCAACACACUGAUACGGAUGUAGGAUUCCUAAGGCAGCCUUAGGUGUGAUGGUAUUUUCAGUGUCUAACAUUCAGCCCUAAUUUACCCUGUUCAAUCUAUUGUAAAAUACAUCAAAAAAGUCAGGGACUUCAUGCAUCCCAAGGCUUUUGUAGUUGUUAUGAUGAUGCUUCAGGAGAUUACAGUAGUGCAUAGUCAGUGGCAUUUUCUAAAGCUAUGGGAUGUAAUUUGUUGAAGCAUAUAAAAGGAUAUUCUUGGUCAAGAGAACAUACCUUACAUAACCAUGUGGAUUUACCUUAUCUCAAGGUGACCAUGAAGUUAUGUGGCAAAGUGGCGCAUGAAAACAUGUAUAUUGUCUUGCAAUUCAAAAUGUUCAGAACCACAAUGCUGAUGGAAGUAAUCUUUGACAGGUCUAGCAAGUUACAGUGAUUGCUUGCAUAACUAUCAAUGCAAACUUUCAUUUCUUGACUCUAUCUUAAUGAAUGUAGAAUGUAUAAAGGACCCACUAAUGACCUCUGAGGAACCUCAUCUCAGUGUAAAGCAUAGAGCUACACUUACGAAAAUUCAGACCAGCUUCUUAAAACCUAACGAGAUAAAUAGAGAGAUAAAAAGCGGUUGAUGGGAAAAAAAAGUUUUAUCAAUGUAAUGUAAAUUAAAUAGUGAAAAAAGAAUAUAUAUAUAUAUAUAUAUAUAUAUAUAUAUAUAUAUAUAUAUAUGUAUAUAGUUAUUGUUAUUCUUAAAAUGACUAUCCUAUGACCAUGUCCAAUACUGAUGUGUGAACAUUUCAGUGAAAAAAUCGUAGAAAAGACACUCUGAUACCAGACCAUCUUUUGUAAAUGGUAGUUUAACUUGUGCUGCCAAGUGCUGUGGAUGUACAUGAAUCUGUUUUACAAAGACUGGUUAGAGGAGAAAUUGUGAAAUGUAACAAAUCCUCCUAUGCCGAUUUAAAAGGAUGAUCAUUUUCAGAGAAAUCAAUAAAACUUUGAAAUUCUGUAUGACAAAGAUUUAUGAUUACAUUUCAUUGAAAAGCUGUUAUAAUACAGAGACUGCAUGUUUCUGUUUUAUGGUUAAUAGUUAAUCUGAAAGUAAACUAGAUUUAAAAUUAUACUUUAAACAAAGGUAAUGUUAAGAUCUGUCUUCUCAACUGUGAAGUGUAAUGGUCCCUCUGCUGCUUGUAGGCCUACAUAUCAGCCUAGUACCAUUAAUUCAUGAGUCGUGACUUUGGUUAUUACUGAUUUUGAUGACUUAAACUGAAAACAGGCAGUUGAAAAGUUUUAUGAACCCUAUCAUUAACAAAUAACUUGUCUGUCCUCAGGUAUGCGCUGUUCAAGUGAAAAACACAGGUCAAAUGUAUGCCUGCAAGAAGUUGUGUAAAAAACGACUGAAGAAGAAGGGUGGUGAGAAAAUGGCCCUGUUGGAGAAGAAGAUCUUGGAGAAGGUGAACAGCCUGUUUCUGGUCAACUUGGGAUACGCUUAUGACACCAAGACCCAUCUGUGCCUUGUCAUGACCCUGAUGAAUGGAGGAGAUCUCAAGUAUCACAUUUACAACAUAGGUUAUGAUGGAAAAGGUGUGGACAAGGGUAUUGAGAUGAAACGCGUCAUCCACUACACUGCACAAAUCACUACCGGCAUUCUGCAUCUGCACGCCAUGGAUAUCGUAUACCGAGAUAUGAAGCCAGAGAACGUGUUGCUGGAUAGUCUAGGCCAGUGCCGACUUUCAGAUUUGGGUCUGGCCAUUGAGAUUGCUCCGGAAAAGACAGUCACCCAGAUGGUGAGUAUAUGUCCACAACACACUGUUAGUCUGGAUAAAACUGUAACGAAUCCAAAAGCAACAUUAUGUUGUCUUAAAACACAGAGUUGCAUUAAGCAACCUAGCAUCAAUGAAGUUCUGAACCUAGCAGGAUUUAGUUGUGUGAUUUCAGUAACAUCACAUGAUCUUACAUCACAGUGACAGAUGUCCAUACUUGAUGGUAAUUCCAUUUAUGACUCAAGGUUUUUGAGGUUGUUUGGAGCAGAGGGCCGGCAGAGAUCCUCAGUUAAUUCUGUUCUGUGUAGCUGAUCUUUGAAUCAACAAGAUCUUGUCCAAAUGUUCAUCGAUAUGGUUUUAAAGUAACAGACACAGACACAUGACAAUCAACAGCAAAAGAGAGAGAGAGAGAGAGACAGAGAGAGAGAGAGAGAGAGAGAGAGAGAGAGAGAGAGAGAGAGAGAGAGAGAGAGAGAGGGUGAUAGGUGAUCUAGUCUGGUCUACAUCUUUACUUUCUAGUUCACUUAUCUAAAGAGGAGGACCUGAGCUCAUGCUAUUGUACAAGCAGUCAGUCUUGGUGGGGUUUUUGCUUUAAAUCCGGACAGGGAUUACCACUUAAAGAUCUGUGCAAUGAACGACUUUGAAUCCAUUAUGUAACUCAAUUGAUCCUUUAGUGACAGAUUAUAGCAUGGCCAAUAAUAGGCCACCGUUUUGUAAAGGACUAUGUCAGAGACAUGGAGUUCCACUACCCUGUAAAUCAAUGGCUGCAGAGAAUUAAAAUAAAGUGUCCCCCAGCAACACGGCUGUAGAGAUGUGGCUAUUUCUGCAAAGGCGUUACCUGAGGAGAGUUCCCUUUCCUAUGCUGCAGUUACUUCCUAUGGCACACUAUGAAGCCUGUUCACUGCUGUUCUUGUUCUGGACUUGAGUAACCAUGUCAUCAAUAGGUUCAGCUUGUUAUCAUACUUAUUUAUAUUAUGAUAUAUAUGAUAUUAAUUGAUCAUAAUGGUCUGUUAGGUUAAUCAUUAAGCUCUGAAAAAUGUGUUCAGUGCUGGCAAAAAUGUUUUAUACAUGCAGAACAUGAGCUGAAAAUUGUAAAACCACAGAUAUGUAAGUGAACCAGUGUAUAAAACAGCAUAUUUUAAUAUUCAUUUCCACUUUUUGUCUUAAAUUACCCAAAGUGUAUUACCUAUGUAUGACACAAAAUUACAAAACUAAGAACUGAAGAAGGGUUCCCUUCUUUGAGACUUGCUUGCAGUAGCAAAGAGUAAGCUCUCAGUUCCAUGAAAGUCCAGUAAGCUCAUUAUCCAGUACUCUGAUGCUCUUCAGUCAGCCAAAAUGACUGGGCUAACCUCCUACAGGCAAGGCUGGCUUUGGUCCUCUAAUCCUCUUAGUGGCAUUACACAAGUCUGUCCCUGAUUAGAUUGACAGAUUCAGGUAAAAACCUAUGUUGAAUAUAUUCAGACAUGUUAGUUUGCAAACAAGGUGACUUAAACUGGGUUGACAAAUGAGAUCUGCUCCUUGUUUGAACCAAGAUUAGAUUAAUUUAGGUGAUAAUUUUGUACCUGUGGGAUUCUACAUAACAGAGUUUGGCUGCUGUGACAGACCAGAGUGUGCAGGUGCUUUACCUGUGAGGUUAAACCUAUUACCAACAGAUACACAAAUUGCAGUUGAACAAAAUGUAGCUGCAAAAAGUCCCAAGAGGAGGUCAAAAUUGCAGAUGAUAGAAAUCUAUGGAUUUGCUUGUGAGGUAACAUUGGACUGAAUAAUAACUAUUGCAUGCAAACCUGCAUAAAUUUCCAGGGUCAUGUGGGCAAGUGUUGUCACUAAAGGUAACAACAACGUAACACCAAACAAGGGUUCAGUGAUUACAAUCUUUCAAUCGAACAGAAAAUAGUAUGCAUUGCUUGUUUUCAAACACUUUUAUGGCUUAAACAGCCAUAAAAGUUGUAGUACGCUUAUAAAAUACAGAUCUUUCAUAGAACUUUGAGUGAAAUAUGCAAAAAAAAAAUCUGUUCCUGCAGAAGCUCAGCUCAAUGCUAGUUUGCACUGCAUGUACAGUGAUAAUACAUUACAGGCAUGACUGCGUGUAGUCCGGAUGUUACGUAUCUGUGCUGGUGACACAAGCUUCCAGAAAUGUCCAGCCUUUAUAUAAGAGCCGGGACAACUCUGUCAGUGUGUAGACAUACAUGACUCUUGACAGGUAGUAGGCUUAGCAUUAGGAUUAAGCUGCUGGUCUGAGGCUGCAGUUUAGGUCAAAGAGGGUAAGGAGCAGGGAGAGAGUGAGCAAGGGAGGGAAAGGUGAAAGUUACACAGACAGACAAUAAGGGAACACGCUAAAGGCUGGAGUGAAGCUUUAAGUAGCCUAGGUUACUGACCUUCAAGUUAUACUUAAGCCAUCUGUCCCCCCACAAAACCAACUUUAUGUUUUCUGUCACUUCUGAUUAAAACUAAUAAAUCUGUACAUUUCCUUAUGAAUGUAAAGUCAGUAAUUCCAUCUGAAGAGCUGGUGGUAAAAAGAGAGUGAUCUACAUGUUUCUCAACACGUCAAAGACACGAUUCCUUUUAGGUUUUUAUAUUAAAAUCCCUUCCUCCGCUUCUCUCUCUCUCCAGGCUGGUACAGGAGCAUACAUGGCCCCUGAGCUUCUAAGCAAAACCCCCUACAGGACAUCAGUGGACUGGUGGGCCCUGGGCUGCAGUAUCUAUGAGAUGGUGGCCGGCUACACACCCUUCAAAGGCCCUGACAGCAAGAAGGAGAAAGUGGAGAAGGAGGAGGUACAGCGCCGCAUUCUCAACGAGGAGCCCAAGUGGGAGCACAAGGGUUUUGAUGCCCCAACCAAAGACAUCAUCCAGCAGUUCCUCAAGAAGAAAAUUGAAGAGCGUCUGGGCAUGAAGUAAGAGUUCCUCUAUGUGUUUAAACUGGAAAAUAUCAUGAAUCUGGGCUUAUUUAAACUUUCAAGAUACAUUUUUAGAAAUUAUCAUAGAAUUUAGUCCCUCACAUUUCUUGGGAAUUGUAAAUGUUUGAUUUAUAUCACUGGCACUAUUGUAAUGGAUACAGUGAAAGUGAAAAAGCUUGUCAAUUAAACUGUUUAGUAUUGGCUACACACAACAGGGACAAUUUCACCUUGACUGAAAGCAAACUGUUGCGUAAACCAGUGCCGACAUUGACAUCGACUGACAUUGUAGAAUUCAAUCAUUAACACUUGCCUUCUCCACAGGAACAACAUGGAAGACCCCAGGAAGCACGUGUGGUUUAAGACCAUCAACUUCCCCCGUCUCGAGGCCGGGCUGGUGGCUCCUCCCUGGGUACCCAAGCCCAACGUUGUCUACGCAAAGGACACUGGCGAUAUCGCUGAGUUCUCUGAGAUCAAAGGCAUUGAGUUUGACGCCAAGGACGAUAAAUUCUUCAAGGAGUUUAGCACAGGGGCCGUGCCCAUUCAGUGGCAGCAGGAAAUGGUUGACACUGGACUGUUUGAUGAGCUCAAUGAUCCCAACAGGAAAGAGGGUGGCGGGGAUCCUGAUGAUGAAAAGAAAUCAGGCACAUGUAUAUUGCUGUGA